GGAUACAGCUGCUCGCACAUAUCGUGUAAGCUUUCAUCCCAGCCGAUCGGAACGAGCGCGCUCUGAAAUUCUUGCAAGUGCGCGCUCUGGCAGGCCAGACUGUUUCGCUAAUACAUCGCACUGUACGUUAUAGCUGCGCGCAUUCUCGAGGAAGCCAAGAAAGCGCAGUUACCGGCUUCGUUCAUACGCUGCACUCGCUCUCGCGGCCUGGAAAGAAGAUCACGUAUACAAGAAGCUGCGAAUAAUCGAUCAUGCUAGUUGGUUUGAGCUGAAUCGCGCUGUAGCGCAAACGCACCGGCUAACGGACGUGACUUCCCGGCUCUCAUGGCGCUGCCGGGUCUGCUCACGCUCGGCACGGCAGUGCGGUGCUGGGAGGCGCUGGCCGCGGUGCGCCAGCUGGUGGCUUCCAAGCCGACUGGUGCGCUGGGGCCGCGCCUCGCGCGUCGCUGCACUAUGCAGUACAAGCGGUCCGUCCUGCGCCCCAUCCUGCGCAUUGCGGAUAUGGCGCGCGUGCCGCCGGAGCUGCAGUCCGGCCCGGAUGCUGCUGCCCAAUUCUCCGCGCUGCUGGCCCGUAUGGCUGCUGCUUGCGCAGAGCCUGGGGUGGCGGCAUGGCGCGGCUGACGUGCCCUUGCUGACCCUUACGGUGAAGCAGGCAACCCAGCUUCAACUUGCGCCUGCGUACGACGCACUCCGCGUGCGUCACUUGGCCUUCAUCCAAGAGGCCUACAGCGGCGCCGCGCCGCCAGCGGAAGCGAUUCAUGCGCUGCGGGCGGCCCUGGCGCGGCUGUGGGCUUUGGUGUGGGAGCCGCGACACAAGGAACCGCUCUGGCGUCUGGCAGUCAAUGGGUUCACGGGCUUUGGGAUGCUUGCGGCGUGGGCCGCAGAUGGACGCGUGGAGAAAUGCCCGUGUGGGACUCAGAUGACUGCUGGGGCUAGGGUUCAUCACUUCUGGGACUGUGUGGUGGCGGAGGCUCUGCGUGAUGUGAUGCGGGAGCAUGCGAAUGUGGACAUCACACGGAACCAGUUGUGGUUAGUACAGGCGCCACCAGGGCUAUCGCAGGCGGUGUGGGACAUCGUGUGCUUGGCUGCUGUGGCGGCCCUGGAAUACGGCCGACAGCGCCUUUACGCUUGCCGUGAUGCUGCAGACCGGACUGCGGAGGUUGCUGUUGUGCGAAGGAUAGGUGUGGAGGUGAUUGCGGACUUCUGGUCACGGCUAGCUGCGUUUGUGAGUCUGCGUCGGCCUCCGCGCCGCUGGGACCUUGUCCCGAACCAGCACCCAUUCCUAGCGUCAGAUGAUGUUGGAGGGGUUAUCUUGGUAGGGCCAACAGCGGACUCGCCACCGGCCUCACCCUAGCUUGUCAGCUUAGGGACUCGCAAUAAGAGGUAGUCUUAUGACGCCGACCCACGGCUUAGGUGAGCAACGCUAGCGUUUGCGGUGAGCCGGGCCUGGGGUUCCUCCCCUCUCCGGAGGCGAGGAGCAUGGGGGUCAUUCGGGGAUCUCUCCUCGGGUGAGCGUGCGUGUCUCGUACGUUUUUGGGGCCCUGGCUAGUCCACGGCUGUCGUCCCACAUGUAACCUCUAUCAGCU